AUGACCUCCACCAGUUUUGGCAGAAAACGUACGUGGCUCGUGGCGGCACUUGCCUGCGUCCUCUGCUUCACAGGAUGCACUGCACAGGGCCCACUUAUGCCGAAUAUACCGGAUCUGCCAGGAAAGCUGGAGCAACUUUUGCAGAAGUUACAGAGUCUGGCAGGAAAUCCGGGACAACUUGUGCAAAAUAUGCCGAAUAUGCAGGGAAAUCAGGGUCAAAAUUUGCCGAAUAGUCAGAAUAAGCCAGAAGAUCCAGGUCAAACUGCGUCGAAUAUGCAGGGAAAUCAGGGUCAAAAUUUGCCGAAUAGUCAGAAUAAGCCAGGAGAGCCGGGUCAAACUGCGUCGAAUAUGCAGGGAAAUCAGGGUCAAAAUUUGCUGAAUAGUCAGAAUAAGCCAGGGGAGCCGGGUCAAACUGCGCCGAAUAUGCAGGGAAAUCCGGCACAAGUUUUGCAGGAGACACAACAAGAAAUAACAAGCAUUGUAACAGCCUAUGUAGAAAAGGCGGGAAAAGUGAUUCAGCAGACACUAAGCCUUACGAAAAGUGUCAUGGCUUUAGUACAGCGAGUGAAAGAUUGGCUGCAGCACAUUACGCAGCACUGGGCGAAGGCUAUGGCCUACUUCCAAAAAAUCAAGGACAAUCCUGCAGCCGAGUUGGCAGUCAUAAAAGGCGUGGUGACGGAGUGGGUGCAGGAACUUGUGGCGGAAUGGAAGGAUCAGGGGCCACUCAUCUUCGCAAAGUCCUUUACAAAGAUUAUCGACUGGUUCAAAUAUAUCUGCAGUUGGAUACCGCAUCCACCCGCAUAG